AGUCAUGGACUUGCAGAAUCCGAGAAUUUCGAAUACCUAUCCCCAGUAAUCAACUCUGAUAAAAUACGUCGAGCCUCAUGCCCUGAUACCGUGAUUCCAGGAUUUGCAAAACGACUAGCGGUGAAAAAUUUCCUUGGUGUUGUCCCAAUGGCUAGUCUGACACAACUGGCCGGUCCUCCAAUUCCAGUCUUGCCAUUGGGCAAUGCUUCGUUGUCGGGGAAUGAUGAUAGUGUACCUGGAAGUGGAACAACCAUACAAGGUCGAUACGAAGCAGCCCUGGAAAGGUUCACAGCCUCUUAUCGAACGCGCACACGCCAGGGCAAAAAUGGUGGCGAUAGACGCAAUGGCCAUGAAUCCCCCUCCACCCGACCCAUCCUCCCUGGACAAAAGACCCACAUACGAAUCCAUAAAAAUGCCUCUCUAAGUCUCGGUAUCUCUCUCAUUGGUGGCUGUGAAACCUCCCUUGUAAGUACCUCAGGUCAAUUCAGCUGUGAAGUUAAAAUGUCACCUCUCUAUGGCCUUUCCCUUCAUGAUUUCCUUAAAUCAAUUUUAAGACAACCAUUCCAAUUAUUGACAUUUGCCUGUCUAACACAUUAA